AUGUCCAGCGACGAUGAGCUCCUUGCGCGAACCCCUGCAUUGGAACCGAACGCAGACAUCCGGUCGAUGGAACGAACUGGUGGUAAUAAGGUGAGAGACCUCCAGAGCGAACGCGAGGGAACGCCGAUAAGCCCGCCCGUCUUGUGCGGUGGAGCUUCAUUUAUCUGGUUCUUAUCGCGCGCUUGCCCUCCAGUCAAAAAGACGGCCAGCUAUCGGCGUCCCACCGGAGUCCUGUGGGCACUCCAUCUGCCCAGGCUGAGGAAGAUAGCCAGCACGGCGAGGGGGUCAUUUUCCCUGCAUGUCUUAGUCGAAGGUGGCCGCUUCCUGCAUGGAAGCAGAGAUGAAGUCGAAAACAUCGCCAAAGGCGGGGAAGUGGAUAAGUUGUGCGCAGUUGACGGGGAAAAGAGUGAGGGCAAGUAUUCAAAAAGAAACAUUCUCGAAGGUUUCGUGCCGCUCGAGCGACGGCACGUGACCCUCGGUGUUGAGCACGCACUGGAGCCAUGA